CAGCAUUAGUCGCGCGAGCAUGUGUCAAUGUGUAUAAAUUGAAGACUAAACCAAGUCACAUAAAGACUCGCGCGCACGUGUAGUAAUCGGCAUUAUACUGUAUGAGCGCCGGUUGCGGGAGACGGUGAGAUUUGUUUUUCAAAGCUCAGUGCGGCGCAUAAAAGACUCUUUGUGUGUUUACAGCAGCCAAAUUUUAUGCGUACAUGACGAUUACAGUGGAUGAGGGUACAUUUAAAUAUAUAUCAUGUAUCGUGAUCGGCAAGUGAAAUCGGUAUACCGGUGCAGUGGAAAAUUAAUGUUGGUUUUUGAAAAAUAAAUGUGGAGGUACUGAGUAUGCCGAUGGCCGAUGUGUUUUGACACUUUCAUGAGUUUGCAGUUCAUCGGGCGUUAUAUCACCGGUUGAUAGUGUGUAUAUAUGUGGUGUUUUUUUUUCUGUCCGAAAAAGUUGUCGGCAGGGAAGAUGAAAAAUACGCUGGCAGCGAUAUUUCAAGGUGUAUACGUCGACCGGGGCCUUGAAACAAUACCACCAACAGUCGUGCAGCUCUCCAUUGAAAAUCUGAAAAUCAGCCUCACUUGGGCCCUCGAUCAAUGCCGCAACCGUUAGCAGCAUCGCCAGUCGAUUAGUGCACCAAAACAGGGGAGUCGCUAUGGCUGAUCUAAUGGAGGUCACCACCACCACGGGCACCGGCUCCAAGGGUGAGGACUGGCGGGACGAGGAUCUCGCCUUCUGGGAGGUAGCCCUGCUCGGGUUCAUACUGGCCGUGAGCGUCGUGAGCAACGGCCUCGUGCUCUUCGCCAUUUAUUUGAGGCGGUACAGGGGCAGGAGGCACAGGCUGACGCGCAUGCACUUUUUCGUGAUGCAUCUGAGCAUCGCCGAUCUCACCACCGGACUGCUCAAUGUGCUGCCCCAACUGGCUUGGGAUAUUACGUAUAGAUUCAAAGGUGGAGAUGUGCUGUGUAAGAUGGUAAAGUUCGGCCAACCGCUGGGCUCGUACCUGAGCUCCUACAUCCUCAUAGCCACGGCAGUCGACAGGUACCACGCCAUUUGCUUCCCACUAAGCUACUGCCGGACGACCUCGAGAAGGUCGAGAGUCAUGGUGUACAGCGCCUGGGUGCUCGCCCUCAUCCUCUGUGUACCCCAGGUGUUUAUCUUCUCCCUUCGAAUAGUAUCGGCUGGCGUGUGGGACUGCUGGGCAACCUUCACCGGUCACGGGCAAAAAAUCUACGUCACCUGGUACAGCUUGACCGUGUUCCUGGUGCCGUUCAGCGUGCUGUCGUUCACGUAUACCCGGAUCUGCUGCAGCAUCUGGCGCAACCGGGACGUCCUAGUGCUGGGCAAUCUCGAGAAACAGCAGCAGCAAGCCCUGUCCAACCAGGCGCGCAACCAACACGCCCUCAUUUCCAAGGCCAAGAUGAGCACGGUCAAACAGACCCUGGCCGUCGUCAUCCUUUACGCGGCCUCGAGCUUACCUUUCAUUGGCUGCCAACUGUGGGCUACCUGGGUACCCGGUGCCGCCGAGUCGCCCUUCUACACUGGUCCGGCGUUUACGAUUCUGAGUUUGCUGAGUAGUCUGACGAGCUGCGUCAACCCCUGGAUAUACUUGGUGUUCAGUCGCGAGCUGCGGGUCUCGCUGAUCAAGUUCCUCCACCACUUGGUUAAGCGCAAUAGGUCAUCGAGCUCCGAGCGAGCCUCGAGCAACGAGAAUUCAAACGAAACGAGAUCCUCGAAAAAGUCCUCUUUGAUCUCGAGGGUGACUCGUUACACGAGCUUGAUUAUUUAUCGUUCCAGUAGCAGCGACAGGAGUACCAAGUGAACAUCCCUUAUCCUUCCCCCCCCCCCUCCCCCGCAUCUAUUCUACCCUCUUUCUAUCAUACCCGACCAGGUAUAAUUUAUAUAUAUAUAUCUGUACAAAGUGCAAUCACUGCGUGUAACAUAUUAUACAUAUAUAUUUUUCAUUUUUUCACUGUAAAUAUGUGAUUUGUAAGGUUUAAUAAAGUAUACGUCGUUUUACACAAACAGGAA